AUGGAGUCGUUACGCGGAUCAUCGUUCACUGGUCAGGGAUUUGAAGACGUUGUCGUGCGGGCAAUGGAAAGAAUGGGCUUCACAGUGCAGAGCAACAAGCUACUGGACAAUUCGACCGGAGAAGUUGCAAAUCAAGAGCUGGAGCAGCUUUGGGUGCAGUACAUCCUUGCUAAGGAGUGGAACAAGGGGAAUUUCGAGCCAUGGUGGCAGCUGUACCAACGCGCUCCAAUGGAUUGGGAGCUGCAGCUGCCGCGCCCGUUUGUAACAGAAGUGGAUGUGAUGGCAGAGAUCGCUUCUCCGCUACAAUUACAAGAUCGAUACUGCGGCUUCUCCGUUAACGGAAGACAACUGUCAAUGAGGCAGUUUAUCGAGCAGAUGCGGGGCAGAAGCUGGUUGAUAGAGAUUCCGGGCCCUUCCGGUGCGAGUGUGCGAAAACGCGACAAAGCAACUCAGUUACAGUGGCUGCAACAUCUCUCUCAUCGUCGCAAGUGUGGCGAGGGUGUUGCCUUGUUCUACAACGGUACUGAUCCGUUAGCACCACCUCCUGUGACAUACUUCCCGGGUUGUCACAUGAUUGUGGUGAUGCACUUCCUGCCGUCCAUUGUUCAGGACCUGCCUGAAAACAUCCA